AUGUUCCUCGAACUUGACAAUCCUGUGUUUGAAGGUUUUUAUACGGAUAGCGAUAACUGUUAUCGUUAUCAUUCCACUGUUCCAAUGUUCCCUGUUUGCAUCCAUUUUGAUAAACCUGCUCAAGUGAGACAACUUGAUGAAAACUUUUAUUAUCCUCUUCGAAUCAUAGGUGGCAAACACUUGGAGCCAAGCCGAUACCCAUGGCAAGCUGUGCUACUUAUAUAUGAUGUAAAUGGUCAAGCAAUGUUAUGUGGAGGAACUGUUUUAGACGAUUAUUGGAUAUUAACAGCUGCUCAUUGUGUCAGUGGCCGCUCAGAAACGAUCUAUAUUUUAACUGGUGUCCGCUCCUUACAAAAUCCAAGAAAAACAUCGAAAGCUACACAUGUGUAUGUUCACCCAGCUUAUGAUUCAUUCUCGAUCACCAACGAUAUUGCGUUGCUUAAGUCAUCAAAAAAACUGUUAGAUGACGUCGUCAAGCCCAUAUGCUUAACAAGAAAUGAUGAUGCUUUCCUAGCACCUGGAACAACUUCUAUUGUGACAGGUUUCGGCUUACGUUUUCAAAACCUAACGAGUCCGGUGUUGACACUGAGUAAUUCCAUCAUGGCCACAGAAGUUCCUAUAAUAUCUCAUUCAUCUUGCUUAUCAUCUUGGGAUUCAGCUACUGCAGGACUUAUACGUAUAUCGAACAAAGAAGUUUGUGCAGGCAGCUUACUACACGGAACGUCUCCGGGUGAUAGCGGUGGACCACUACUCGUAGUUGAUAGCUUAGGGCGGGAUGUUCAAAUAGGAAUCACCUCUUUUGGAGCAGGAGGUCUGAGAGGAGUAGUAGAUCAAAAUACUUUUCCUGGUGUUUAUACGCGCGUUUCGAAGUAUGUACCAUGGAUUGAGUCUGUAACGACAUCUGAAGGCAGCGCAAGGAAUGUUUUCUCCGUGAUAGUUUUUAUUUAUUUAUCCCUCAUUUGCAUAAAUUAA